GUCUGAUACAGCUGCAUGAUGAGGGCCAAGGCCUCAGACAUGCUCAGGAAGGACUGCGUCAAAGUGGCGGUUAGAGUGCGCCCAUUCAACAAGAGAGAGAGGGAUGCAGGCAGCCGUUGUGUUAUCUCUCUGGUGUCAACCUCCAUCAGCAUCCAGGACCCUCGUGACUCCCACAACCGACGUUCUUUCUGCUUUGAUUAUGCCUACUGGUCCCACAGCGGCUUCACCAGAGACCACACUGGUCUCUUUGUUCCUGAAGAGCCAGGGGGACGAUACGCUGACCAGCAAAGUGUUUUCCAGGAUCUUGGAGUGGGAAUACUGGAGAACGCCCUGCAGGGCUACAACACCACACUGCUCGCAUACGGACAGACUGGAUCAGGGAAGAGUUACUCAAUGGUGGGCCACGGGCCUAACAAAGGCCUGGUUCCUAAACUAUGUGAUCGACUGUUUGAGGCAAUCAGAGAAAACCAAGAAAACAGAAAGUGUCAGGUCUUUUUUAGUAUGCUGGAGAUCUAUAAUGAGCAGGUGGUCGACCUGUUAUCUCGGGGGUCUCGCACUGCAGCCGGACUUAGAGUGAGGGAGGAGCUGCAAAGGGGCUUUUAUGUUGAAGGUCUUCGUAAAAUCCCCUGUGAAAAUGCUCUGCAGGUGGAGCAGUUGAUGGAGCAGGGGACCAGGACCCGAACCACUGCUGCCACUCAAAUGAACGCCAACAGCAGCCGUUCUCACAUGCUCAUUAUUCUGCAGCUCAAACAGAUCUUUUCCAAGGAAUGCAUCACGAAGCAGUCCAACAUCAACCUGGUGGACCUGGCUGGCAGCGAGCGCCAACGAUCCUCCGGCUCUGAAGCAGACAGACUCAAAGAGGGAACAGCCAUAAACCUGAGCCUAACCACUCUGGGCAACGUCAUCAGCGCCCUAGCAGAUGUUGCUGUGGGAAAAAAGGCGGUCCACAUUCCCUACAGAGACUCGGUUCUCACCAAGUUGCUGCAGUCUGCACUGGGGGGAAACAGUCGAACUGUCAUGAUCGCCACUCUAAGUCCUGCAGAUAUCUGCUAUGAGGAGUCUCUCUCUACCCUGCGCUAUGCUGAAAGGGCAAAGCGUAUCCAAAACAGGGCAGUGGUGAAUGAGAGCCCCACUGAACGCCUUGUUAAAGAGCUAAAGGCUGAGAAUGCCAGACUGAUGCAGAAACUGAGCCGCAUGGAGCAGGAAGGGCGCAGAGCCAGUGACGAAUCCAAGGAACUUCGUCAGCUGUUGACCCAGAACGAGCUCCAGAUCAGAGCUAUCCAGACCCUUUGGGAACAGCACCUGCAAGAGGCGCUCAAAGACUGGGAGCAGCAGUAUGCCAGUAUUACACAGGAGAGGAGGAUGAUGCAGACGUAUCCCUACAUCCUCAACAUCAAUGAGGACGCGCAGCUGUCAGGGGUGGUAAAGCUUUUUAUUCAGGAAGGCGAGUGGGACAUCGGGCUUUGUGACUCCUCCCCCAGAUCAAUUUCUAUCAAGGGCUUAGGGAUCCAGGAGCGUCAUGCUGUAUUCAGGAACGAACAGCGGAGGGUAACGCUGACUCCACUGAUGGGGUCAAAAGUUAUCAUCAAUGGAAACUCUGUGUACGAGGCGACUGAGCUGCAACACUUGGACCGUCUCAUUCUGGGUUCUAACUCUACUUACCUGUUCAUCGGUUAUCCUUCUGAGAGGGGUGGGGAGGACUGGAGUCGCUAUGAUUAUGAUUACUUCCAGUCAGAGCUGGCUGCUGCAGAAGGCAUUCAUCUGGGUGAUUCCACCGCUGGUUGUAGCCAGGCAGAUCCCAGUCUGUUAGCGGUCUUCUAUGACUACAUUAAGCUGAUGCCCAUGGUGGCUGAGGCCAAUCAGAUGAGCCAGGAGCUGAGUAAGGGGGUGGAAUUUAAGCUUGAAAUAAAAAAUCUGGCCCUGUCGGACUCUAGAGGUCACGAUCUGCAGAAAGAUAUUGUUGUCAGAGUGACCUCAGCAGGAAGCAAACAGGUCUGGAUGUGGUCAAAAGCCAAGUUUGUUAACCGCAAGUUUCUAAUGGAGGAGGUCUAUCAGCAGUUCAAGGCUGCGCAGCAUGAGGACAAUAGAGCAGAGGAUCCUCCAGCGGUUGUGGUACCCAGAGAUAAAGACCCAUUUUGGGAUCCAGUUGAGCCUGUGCUUUUGGGAACUGCUCACCUCUGGCUUCAGUCUUUGGCCUUCCGCAUUCCUCUGGAAGAGCAACUGGAGGUGUUGGGCUCAGAGGGAACAGAGGAGGCCAUUCUACAAGCUCAGCUCGUCCCAUGUACCUCCUCUGCACAUCCGCUGGGAGAGGACAACAUCCUGAUUGACCCGUCUGAAAUAUUGGGACGACGGCUGGACUUUCAACUGGUCCUGGAGCAGUGCUGUGGGGUUCGCUGGAUCAGGGAGGCCCGGAAUCGUGGGAUCCAAAUUGGUUACAGGGUGUUUGAUUGCAGUGAGCCACUCUACACUCCAGCUGUGUGGCAUAACAUCAACCCUCUGUUAGAUCAUAGGGUUCAAUUCACCUCCCUCCAAACAUCCCAACAUCUGCUGGACUACCUGCAAAGCAGUGCUGUGGUGCUUGAGCUCUGGGGUCUACAAGAGGGUUGUAAUCCUUUGAAUUCAUCACUGGAAGCUGUGAGAAUGACUACAGAGGGCUUCUUCAUCCUCGACGUGUUGAGUCCACCAGAAGCUGCACUAUAUGACUUUGCUGAGCUCAGCUGUUCAGUCAGAGCUCUUCAACAGGACGUGAAUAAACUAAAGAGUCUUAAUAAAUCACUAAGGAAAGAAAAUCAGAGUUUGAAAGAACAACUCAACACAGCCAGGAAUGGAGGAAUGGAGAAUGUACGUGGUCGCUCUCUGCGUCCCAGCUGUGAUGCAGAGUUUGCACGCGCCCUGAAAGUUUUCUACCACAGUAUGACUUCUGUUAAGGGUCAUCUGCAGCGCCUGCGCAGACACAGACCCAGUGAGGAGUCAGACCUGCUUGGACUCAGGCUGUUUAUGGACGAGCAGUGUCGUCUGCUGAGAGACUUCUCAGAGCUGCUGGAGGAGAGUGUCUCUAAGCUCAAACAAGACGUUGCUGCCAUUGUACGUCGCAAAAGAGAACGUUCAGGCAUUUGGUCCUAGCUUUGCUUUCUGUUGAUUUAAAAGGAUAUUCAAACUGUAAGUACCAGUUAUCUUUACCUCCCAGCACAAUUGAGGUUCCUAAUCAAAGUAUUGUUGUUCAGUCACAUGCAGAUAUGAUUCUAAAAGUGUUGAGAUGUCAAUCAUGACACAGAAAAUAUUCAAGU